CUUUGAUACUUUAGCAGUUAGUUGAAAAUCUAAGGUAGCAAUCAAAAUGGAUGGAUCUUUAGCUUGGCCAGGGAUUUUUGUAAUAAGUUUACUUUGGGCAAUAUCUUCUGCAGAUAUCACUAAUUGUAAUGACGUCAGUGUUUAUGGAAAUUACGAAAUAGGUUACUACUAUAAUUGGCGUGUAUGGAAUGACGACAUUUGGUGGUAUAACAUGACCUUCUGGGGUGGACACGUUCAAAUACCUUCAAAGGAAAAUAUAGGAACUGAAUGUCAACAUGACUGGGGAAACUUAAUUGCUCUCAAAGAUAAACAUCCAGACAUAUCGACUAUAAGUGACGACAUUAUUACAUUACCAUUCUGUGUUUUGAAUGAAAAUGGUGUCUGCGAAGAAGACGGUGUAGUUGAAAUGAGAAAAUGUCAUGGUGACCUACUGUAUAGAUUUCACAAUCAAAAUUUCAAUGGUUUCAACAUUUGGGACUUUUAUAUUUGUUUUGAUCGCAUAUACAGCAAUAGUAAUUGUGACGAUACAGACACAGUAUACAAAGUUGAGAGUGAGAAUGAGGAAAUUAUUGAAUUAUCUUAUGGUGUUGCUCAAAUUGGCUGGGUGAAUGCUUUUAUCAAUGGAAAACAGUUUGUACCGCCUUUAAAAGAUGAUAGAGACGAAUGCUCGCAUCAUCAAUAUUAUAGUUACUUUCUUCAAGAUUCUAUGCCAGAUAUACAUAGUGAUACACCAGUAAGAAUAGCAUUGUGUUGGGAAUAUAAUUAUGACGAUGGCGAUUAUUAUGACGAUUAUUGGCUGAACAACUGUGAUGAAAUCUACAUAUACGCCAGAAUGUGUCAUGGAAAGCUUCAGUUUGACUUAUCGCCUUUUUCAGAACGGGGUUGCAUUGAUUGUUUAUGUUUAGUGCAUUAUAACAAUGUUAAAGUCAAACCGGAAAUUGGUCAUCAAAUGCAACAAAAUGAAGUAAACGGUAAAUUACAAAGAGUCUACACUCCGUUUCUGAAAUAUAGAUGUGAAUUUGACAUGAAUGUUGGAGUAAAGUAUCUUACAAAAUGGUAUAUAAACGGUACCUUCCAUGUUGAGAUGGGGCCUUCUUCAAAUCAAGAUGAACUUGUUUUCAAAGAAGAUUAUUUGUCUCAUCUUGGACCUGGAUAUGAGGUGCAAUGUGGUGUAAUCAUGGCUGGUGCAAAUGAGUCAUCUGAAGCAUUAAGUGAUGCCUUCUUUGCCGGAUUAAAAAUAAAAGACGAGUCCAUCACACUGAGUAAGAGCGGUUCUGCUACAGUUGAUAUAGAGCAGACGAUUCCUAAAGGUUGCUAUUACACUGACGACGAAGAACCAAAUUGUGAAGAGAGAAUGACUUUUGAAGACGAAUCAUCUGUAUCCGAUAUGUGUGCAGGAAAACUUCGUGUACAAAACACCGCUGAUGUCGGAAAUCCUUUUGUAAGAAUAAAGAGUUUAAAGAAAUAUGAACAAUGGACAAGUACAACACAUAGGAUAAUGUUGACAACUUCUGACAGCACAUAUGACGAUGCAACAAAGUUCGACUUACAAGUAUACGUAACAGACACUACCGGUCAUGACAAACGAAGAUCAGUAAGAUCGGAGACUAUUGGAGCAAUUCAUGUAAGAAUUACAGACAAUUACAGACAUCGGAACAAAAGAUGUUAUUCACACGUCGAUCCGCAUAUGAAAACUGUAGAUGGAUUGAAUUAUGAAGCUCAAAAGGAAGGAAAUUAUACAUUAUACAGGAACAAAAAAUACCAAACAGAGGUUCAACAAUCAGCUCAGUAUUGUUCCCCUGGAUCAAACAGCGGACCUGUUUGUGCAUGUGGAAUAGCAAUAGCUGUUGGAGCUGAUACUUUCAUCUUCAAUAAAUGUUAUAACACUGUAUUUAAAUUCGACUUAAAGUGUAAUGAAGGUGGCCUUAUUGAUAUCGACGAAAUACAUCCCCAUCAUUACAAGGUCAGGACGCCUAUUGGUACUAUUAUCGACAUAGCACUUCAUGGAUGGAGUAACACAAUGAACAUUGACAUAUACAUGUCUGCUAAAGAUUACGGCAAUGUUGAUGGCUUAUGUGGAACAUUUGAUGGGGACAGAAGCAAUGAUCUUCUUCACAGAGACAACAAGACAAUAUCAGAUGACGACAAUCGGAGUUACAGCUUCGCGGAUAGUUGGAGAUUGACAGAUGAAGAAAACUUGUUUAAAAAUGAUGCACGAUUACUGACACCAUGGAACACACAAAUGAACGGGAUGGCAGAUCAGCCUUGUAGCAGACCUAAUUCUAUAACAAAAAGGAAAUGUAAGAUUUAUCGUAGAACAAGGCGAGAGACAAAUAUUCUUGUACAACAUAAACAAAUCGGCCAUGCGUCUGUAUCCAGAGAAAGGAGAAGCACAGAUAGUUUCACAGAAGAAGAAGCAUUUGCGCUGUGUAACAGCUCCAUUUAUAACACUCCAGCAGUUAUGGAGUUUCCAGACUAUCUUGCAGAAGAAGAUCCCGACAUAAUUGUUGAUCAAUGUGUUUAUGAUUUGACCCAUGGAAAUGAUACAGGUUGGAUAGACGCGCAUGUCACAAAUGUCAACAAUGUCGCAGAUACUGUUUUAAACCUCAAUCCUGUCUUUGUUGCAAAUAAUACAGAAAAGGUUAACACAUUUCGUUCACAAAUAUGUUUGAACAAUUGUAGUGGAAAUGGUGAAUGUCUUGAAACAGGAGUAUGUGAAUGUAAUGGAACAUUCCGUGGACCAGACUGUAGUGAUGACAUAAGAAUACCUCCUGUAGUGUAUGGUAUAGAGGGAAACGGAAUCUGUGAAAUCACAGAAGAGGAUGACUGUACUUGCUUCGAAAUCAGAUCUGACAACAUAUUUGAUGGUUUUAUGUGUGACAUAAGUAAACAAAGGGUAUAUCUCAAUGGUACUCGAGUUAAGAUGGAACAAUCUAUUCAUGCUGGUUACUAUGAGGAUAUCUUCACUGGCGAGUGUUGCGCACCUGACAGUAGAAAAAGGCGAUCUGAAGAAAUCAACGAUGAUGAUCCUUUUGUUAUCUCGUAUGACAUUUCUGUCAGCAAUGAUGGUGAUACCUAUGGUGAAAUCAACACCGUCUUUGUCUAUGAUACAACAUGUUUGAAACAAAGUUCAAGUCAAGAGAAUAUCACCAUUUAUCUGAAGGAUGGCUACUGCUUUAUCAACGGGAUGUGUGUAGGUCGUAACUUUUUGUCAGCGGUCGAUUGUUUACUUUGUGACCCAGAGUCAAACCUCUACGGAUGGACGAAUGGUACCUGUGAAGAGGGAGAUUCACAAAUGACAACAGAAAUGAUAAUUGGAAUUGCUGUUGGGUGUACUGUUGUUGUCGUUAUUAUUUCAGUCCGUUUUGGUUACCGUGUGUGCUGCAAGAGAUCAAGAAAAAAACGUCAAGUUCAGGAUUCCAGCAUAAGUCUUCAAACAAAAGUGUCAAGUAUACAAGCUCUUCCCAGAUAUCUUCCCGAAGCUCUUCCCGGAGCUGGGAAAACCUGAUUCAUGUAUUUCAAACACAAAAUAUAAGUAAACAUUAUUUAAGACGAUGUGAAGCGGUGGACGGUUUGAAGUUUUAAAACAACUAAUAUUUCGUUUUAUUUUGCUGACAAUACAUUUAUAUCAUGCAAAGUUAUCAUCGUGGUACGAUGUAUACAGUUCAUGCGAAAGUUCUCAAUGGCUUUAUCAUAACAUAUAUCAACACAUGCAAUUCAUUUGUUUGAUGAUGAUUUGCAAAGGCAUGUCAUUUCAAAACUAAAAUUCAUUUGAAAAAGCUUUUAAAGUAUUAAAAUAGAAUUAAACAUGUUUUCUUAACAU